UUUCAAUAUUUUGUUGGAUUUAACCUAGGAUUUAGUUUCAGAUAAGAAAUAAAAUGCCUCCGUUAAAGUACACAAAGGUGCUAGGGUAUAGUAGUGAAGACACACAGUUUCCUGUAUCUAAUCUUAUAAACAGUAAAGGAAAAUGGAGAGGUGCUGAAAAUGGGGAGAAAUCUUCUUGGGUUAUUUUAGAACUGGAGAAAUUGGCAAAUAUCAGUCAUCUGGACCUAGGGAACUUUGGAUCUGCUUUUAUUGAAGUUCAGGUUGGAAGAAAGGGAAUGUCUGAUUCUGAAUUCACAACUCUUCUCACCGCCAGUUCGUUCAUGAGCCCGGAAGAAUCCAGAACUGAAUCCAACACGACCAGAGUUAGAAUGUUUGCCAGGGAUAAAUUGAACCAGGCAGUUGUCACUGAGAAAUGGAAUAUUAUUAAAGUGAUCUGUACGCAACCAUUUAAUAAACAUACGCAAUACGGGAUCAGCUUUAUCGCAGUAACAGGUGUUUCUGAUGCGCCCGCGCCCCCGGACCAUAAAUCCAAAGAGAUGAAACUCGGCGCAUUUAAGAUCAAACUUGACGAUAAGGAUGAUUUAGCUGCUGGGACGUAUUUUAAUAAAAGACUUGUAAACUCAGGAGAGGAAAGUGGGAGUGUUGCUGCAGAAUUGAGAUCAGAUAAAACUCUAGCUUCGAUGGUUUUGGAACAAGCUAAAAAAGAAGAUCUGAGUAAGAAAGAAGAGAGGGAGAAGGUGAAGGAGAGAGGUGAGAAAAGAGUAUGGAGAGAAGAAGAGAAGACAAGAAAACAUGAAGUGAAGAAGAGAAUAAAGGAAGAUUUGCCGAGAAGAAAUCUUCUUCCAGGAGAAGAAUCUGAUGAUGAAGAAGAUAAAAAGGAAAAGAUGGAAAAGAAGGAAAAAGGGGAGAAAGCAAAGAAAUUAGAACAAAGAGAGAGACUAAGAAAAGAGAAAGAAAGAUCAAACGAGAAGCGCAAUCGUGAAAAGAAGGAUCAGGAAAGAGAAAUGGAAAGAAAGAAUGCCGUGACUCCAUCUACGGCCAAAAAACGGAAGUUUGCCCCGUUUAACAAACUUCUUGAUGGAGUCGUCUUCACUAUCUCAGGAUUUCAGAAUCCUCUCAGAGGAGAGAUUCGUGGGAAAGCGCUAAAAAUGGGCGCCAAGUACAGGGGAGACUGGGAUGGAACAUGUACACAUCUGGUUUGCGCAUUUUCCAACACACCAAAGUACAAUCAAGUCAAAGGGAAAGGAAAAAUUGUGAAGAAGGAUUGGAUAGAGGAUUGCUUCAGUAAAAGAAUGAAAUUAAAUUCUAAAUUCUACGCUUUAACUAGAGAUUCUGUUGAUGAGAGUGAUGAAGAGAUAUAUGAAGGGAGAAGUGAACCUACAGGCAACCAAACAACAGCUCAAUCUUCAGCUCAGCCCUCAAGUUCAUCAACUACAGCAGAUCAGAGACGAAGGUUUGCUGAGGAUGAGGAUACAGAUGAUGAAAUUGAGAGAAUACAAAGAGAAAACAUGGAGAGAGAAGAUGAUGAUGAAGAUGAGGACGAUGAUGGUGAUUUGAAUGAUAAUGAUGAUAUUCCUGAUAAUCAUGAUUUAAAAAAAGAAGAAACCCCGAAAGAGAGAGAGUCAAAGGAGAAAAGAAAGUUGAUUGUUGAGAAUAGGAAAGAGCAAAAGGAGAUUGAUACCAAUGAAGAUGAGAAUAAAGAGAACAAGAUCAGAGACAACACAUCUAAUAUGAAGACCAAUCAUCACAAACAAAUGUAAGUUUAUUAAAUGAUC